AAGGUUGUAGUACUCUGUUAGAAGAAAAUAUGCUACAACCUUAUAUGCUUAUGGUUCGGGCCUUCCUGGCAGAUUGGGACAACAGGACUAUGUAGAGGACCGAUAGCAGCUCGGGAUAUCGCCAUCUUCUGUUAAUCUUAAUCUACAAAGUUCUAGGCAUGUGGUGCUCUUCGAAGAAGAUAUUUCACAAGUUGCGUCAACUUGCCUAUGGAGAAAGAGAAGAAGGAAUAAACCAGGGCCAUGUCCAUGAAACUAGGCUGAGAAUAGAGGAAGCCAAAGACACACAAAAGACACAGAGGAUGCGCCUGUUAAGACUUUCUGCAGACUUUCUGCCAGUGUCCAUACGCAAACUGAGCCAUUGGCCGUUCUUUGCGUACAAUUUUGAGCCCCUCAAAAUCAUUUUUUUUUCACAUGGCUUUAUCGUGACCAAGAGUGGCGUCACGAUGGCAAAGGGCUGGUCGAAAAGGAGGGACCAUCGCCACUUGGGUGAAACUACUAGAGUUGAGAAGCAACAGCAUCGAACAAGCUUUUGCACAAGCACAUGCAGCAAGUGCAUCUGGUCAAACAGCCCUGCUCCUGCGAACACUAAUGUGCCUUCACAAAUAACAAGGAUUUAUAAAGCUUGGGAUAUGGAAGCCCACAAAUGCGAUUGUGCCACAAAGUGGGUGAUGAGUCGGGCGUGCGGGGGCGCAUGUAGCAAAACGUCGGACAAGUCAUGGGCGCGAUAUGCGAAUAGGUUUAAAUAAGACGUGGCUGCUUCUGGUGUCCGUGCCCCUCCUCGAGAGCAACCUUUGCUUGUUAGUCACUAGGAUUAUCUUUCUUGGGCUAUAUUGGGCGUGGGGCGAUGAGGUUAGUGACUGUACCGGCGAUAGAACCAGAGGACAGUCCAUCUAAAGAUCCUAGCGUGGGAGCAGCGCCAUCCAGGUGUUAUGGA